AUGAAAAUGAUGUGUUCAUUGUCAUUCUGGCUUCCUUUGUUGCUCAUCUAUUGGGUCAAUGAAUUCCCUGUCACUGCACCGCACCCUGCAUAUGCGAUACCGCCUCUAGCACCUUGGAUACCCGUGAAACCAGAUUCACCUCCAUCUCCAACUCCGGCUCCAACUCCAGCUCCAGCUGGAAGGCCGAAAAGAGUGAGAUGCCUUUCUCUGUUAUUUCCGACAUGCUACAACCAAUGGUACUCCUGUCCCCAAGACUGCUCAAAGAACUGCUUCAUGGAUUGUGUUUCCUGCAAGCCGAUUUGUCGUUGCAACCUGCCCGGAGCUUUGUGUCAAGACCCACGAUUUGUAGGCGGAGAUGGCAUCACCUUCUACUUCCAUGGCCGGAAAGAUCAAAACUUCUGCCUGGUUUCCGACAACAACCUCCACAUCAACGGCCACUUCAUCGGAAAACGAAACCCUAAACUCACUCGUGACUACACAUGGGUUCGAUCCAUCGGAAUACUGUUCGACGAUCACAAACUCCUCGUCGGAGCCAAGAAAACAUCGAAAUGGAAUGAAAACGAAGAACAUCUCUUUAUCUCCUUCGAUAAUACCCCUCUAAGAUCUGUUGAAGGCAAAAACUGGAAUAUUUAUCGUAAUUCAUCUCUUUUGAUCACUCGAACAGCACCAGCUAACGGCGUCGCCAUUGAAGUAGAGAAUAGUUUCAGAAUCACGGCGACGGUGGUGCCCAUCGGAGCUGAGGAAUCAAGGGUUCAUGGUUAUAAUAUCACCGAUGAUGAUUGUUUUGCUCAUUUGGAACUAGGGUUUAAGUUCUUCAACCUCAGUGAUGAAGUGGAUGGGGUUUUAGGGCAAACUUAUCGGAGAAAUUAUGUGAGUAAGAUAAAGAUAAGUGCGAUUAUGCCGGUAAUGGGUGAUAUACCCAAGUACUAUUCGUCGGCUAUUUUUGGUACCGAUUGCAUUGUUUCCCGGUUUGGUCGCCGGAUUCCGGUGACGGAUUUCGGUGAGGGGAUGUAG